AUGUCAAUACUGAUUGUGUAUGUUGAUGAUAUCAUUGUCACUGGCAACCAUACUGAAAAGAUGAUUUUGAUCAAAGAAAUGUUGGCAACAGAGUUCGAAGUCAAGGAUUUGGGUGCACUCAGUAAACCUAACAAAACUCCAAUCAAGCUUGGAGACAAGAGAAACAUGUUUGAAGGAAGUUCACUUGACAAAGGAAGGUACCAACAACUAGUAAGAAAGCUUAUCUACUUCUCACAUACUAGACCUGAUAUUGCCUUUGCAGUAAGUCUGGUCAGUCAAUUUAUGCAUGAUUCAUAUCAAGGACAUCUCAAUGAAGUAUACAAAAUUCUUAGGCAUCUCAAGCAAACACCAGGAAAAGGUCUUUUCUUCAAAAAGACAACUGCGAGGAAGGUUGAAGUAUUCAUAGACGUAGAUUGGGCUGGGUCAGUUGAUGAUAGAAAGUCUACAUCUGGGUAUUGUACAAUUGUAUGA